AUGAUUUUAGCACCUGAGGAAUGUGGAUGUCCUAUAGUAGAAGAAGGGCCAAGUCUAGUCAACUCGCCAGUAUGUGGCGGCAACUUGUUGUUCAUGGUGUUACUCCAAGGGUAUCUAUGGGGUCGCUGCAGUAUAUCGACCCCAUGCAAGAGGAUUGAGUCUGUGGAUGAGACGGAGCAAGAAUAUGACUUCAUAGUCGUUGGCGCUGGCUCCGCGGGGUCCAUCGUAGCUGGACGUCUUACUGAGAAUACAACUUAUAAGGUACUAUUACUGGAAGCAGGGGGUCCUGAACCCCUAGGAGUUCGAGUUCCAUCAUUCUACAGGACAUUUUGGGACAACCCCUACGUGGACUGGCAGAUACGUACCGUGCCUAGUGAUUACUGCCUCGAUCAAGAUGGAUUGGGUUGCAAAUGGCCGCUCGGAAAAGGAUUGGGAGGAACAAGUCAACUGAACGGAAUGAUGUACCAUCGUGGUCACCAUGCUGAUUAUGACUGCGACUGGGUGGAAGCUGGCGCUAAGGGCUGGUCCUGGGAUGAAAUCAAACCGUUCAUGGACAUGGCUGAGGGCAACAAACAGAUUGGUUCCCUUGUGGAUGGAAAAUAUCAUUCUGAUAGUGGAAAAAUGCCUAUUCAGACAUUCCGUUACCAGCCCCCUGCGUUGUACGACCUGAUGGAUGCCAUCAACGAAACUGGUCUGCCGCUCAUCAAGGACAUGAACGACCCCAACACCCCUGAAGGGUUCGUCAUUGCACAGGCUUUCAACGAUAAUGGCCAACGCUACACCACAGCACGUGCCUACCUGCCUCCCAAGUCAGAACGCCCGAACUUGAACGUCAAGCUCCAUGCUCACGUAACCAAAGUCCUAUUCAGGCGCAAGAAGGCUAUUGGAGUAGAAUAUGUGGAUGAAAGUGGAAAUACCAAAGUUGUGAAGGCCCGUAAAGAGGUUAUCCUGUCAGCAGGAUCCUUAACCAGUCCAAAGAUUCUGAUGCAUUCCGGAGUGGGACCAAAAGAGACGUUAGAACCUUUAGGCAUCAAGGUUAUCGAGGAUCUACCAGUUGGAAAGAACAUGAAGAACCACUGUGGAGCAACCCUGUACUUUAUUCUGAAGAAGGUGAAAAAUACCCAGGCUCUCGACUGGAGUGCUCUGACCGACUACUUGCUACAGAAUGAUGGGCCCAUGUCUUCCACUGGAAUUACACAGUUAACAGGUCUCCUGUACUCAAGCUACGCCAAAAAGGAGCUGAAACAGCCCGACCUACAAUUCUUCUUCAACGGCUUCUACGCUGAAUGUUCUAAAACUGGCGCUAUAGGAGAACCUGCCAAUGAUUGUCCUAAUUCUGGUUACAAUGUAUCAGCGAACGCAGUGUUCUUACUGCCACGUAGCGUAGGGUACAUGACGAUCAACUCCACCGAUCCUUUCGAGCAAGCUAUCUACGACCCGAACUUCUUCACAGACCCAGUAGAUAUGGAAGCCAUCAAGGAAGGACUCGAUUAUUUGCACCAAAUAUUCAAUAGCCAGCUUCUUCAAGAGCAAUAUGAAGUGGAACUGGAUCCAGCGUUCAUUGAUAAAUGUACGCAACCGGCCUGGUCUGAUGAGUGGAAGGAGUGCAUGAUCAGACUGCAUACUGAUCCUCAAAACCAUCAACUCGGUACCUGCGCCAUCGGGAAGGUCGUUGACCCAGAACUUAGAGUUUACAACCUUAAAGCUUUAAGAGUAUGCGACGCUGGAUCGAUGCCAUCACAGCCAACAGGAAACCCUCAAGGCGCAAUUAUGGCAGUCGCCGAAAGAUGCGCACACUUCAUCAAAGAAGCCUGGCAAUGA